AUUUUAUAAUUUUAUUAGUUACGUAUUAGAAAAUACCGGUAGUGUAAAGACUACAUAAAAUUAUUAUAGUUCUGUAAACAAUGCAAAAAUGCAAUAAAAUACAGAUAUAAUCAGCAGGUAUAAAUGUUGACACAUUUUAAUCAAAUCUGGUACAUUCUUGGCACUUAGUUGGUAUACAAAUUUUCUGUCCUGGCGACACUGCUCACUAUAAUGUACGUGCAGCAAGUGCAAAUAAAACGAACAAAUUUGUAGCUAUGGUCCUUCUGAUUUCAUAUUCCUCUCCGGAUUCUACAUGAUAAAAUUGAAUGAACAAAUGUAUAUAAAGAAGAAUAAGGAUUUCUUGCGUAUCGUUGUAAUUAAUUGUACAAGACAGAUAAUGUAGCGUAAAUAAAUUAUAUCAAGGAAUGCACAUGAACGAAACACAUUGAGGCACUUUUAGUUCGAGCGAAUACAAAUUGAUAAAAAUCUCCGAGGGUCAACUUUCAGGAUGGGAAUUCCUGGCCUAACAACGUUUAUCGCGAAUUAUUCUGAGCGUUAUCUUGUAAAUUAUGAACUGCAUGACACUUAUUUAGUAAUUGAUGGCAACAGUAUAGCGUGUCAACUGUACAAUUGGUAUGCAAAUUGUAAUUGCGCUUUUGGUGGUGAUUAUGAUAAAUAUGCACAAUGUGUGUUGGAAUUUUUCGACGAACUUUCAAAGUGCAAUGUUACCCCAUUGGUGUUAUUUGACGGGGGCAGUGAAGACAAGAAGCUCAAGACAAUUAUAACCCGAGCUCGAGAGAAGAUACGAUUAGCAUCAUAUUACACGCCAUCGUCUCAGCACAGAAAUAAAUUCUUUCCUUUAUGUAUAAAGGAAGUUUUCAAAGAUGUCAUGAAAGAAAAAGGCAUCAGGUAUGUACAAUGUAUAUUUGAAGCGGACAAUACCAUAGCCGCGGUAGCUCGUAUUCUCAGGUGUCCUGUAUUGAGUUACGAUUCUGACUUCUACAUUUACGGAUCGUUGUACAUACCGUUUAGCACAUGGCGAAAUUAUAUUGUCCGUAAUUCAGCGGGCAAUGGUUAUGUGAAACGUUGCAAGAUUUAUUGCGUUGAGAAUCUCUUUCACUCUUAUAACGGAUUAAAUCAAUCUCUGUUGCCAUUGGCAGCGGUAUUACUGGGGAAUGACUAUGUGAAGCAACAUACAUUUAGAAACUUCUUCCGUCACCUGAAGUUACCACCGGCAGGAAGGAGGAAGUACAACGAACAACAACGUCGUAUCGAUGCCACGUUCGAUUGGUUGCGAAGGAACAGCUUAAACCAAGCUAUAAUAGGAAUACUAAGUAGACUGCGAAAAGAAAAGCGCCAACAGGUGUUAAAAAUAAUAGAAACGAUAAUAAACAGUUACAUCAAUGCGUCGUUGAGUGUGCUGGCUCUGCUGGGUGUACCUGCGGAGAAAUUCUCAAGAGUACACAUGCAUGGCGCAUCCAAGACGUAUAAAUUCGAAGGCGAUAUUUACAAGUUGAUGUAUAUCGAAGAAAAGACAAAUGAAACGGAGCUAAGCGAGGAAGAGGAAGUGGAUGAGCAGGAAGCGACGAGCAUACUUCAAGAAACAGAAUUGGUUUCUAAUGAAUCACUUGUUAACAAUUUGCCCGAGUGGUUUAUUAACGAAUUCAAGAUGGGCAUGUAUCCAAGUUACUUUAUCGACUUGAUAAUACGGAAGCUGUAUAUUUUCCCCGCGCAAGUUGAAGAUUACUAUUACGCGUCGUCUGCCAUCGCGAGUUUGAAAAUUAUAAAUGCCAUAUAUGGGCUGCUAAUAUCAGGAAUGGACGGAGAGAAAAGCAAUAUGAAGUAUAUGACCAGGGAUGAAAAUAAGAGAAUAAGGCAUUAUUGUUUGGAAUACAAUGACAACAUAUUCGAUUGCAAACUUCCCGCUCUGUCUAACUUGAGAGAUGUGCCGAUUGCGAUCAGAAAAGAAAUGUUGAACACUACUCUGGGAGUUAUCGGUGAAAAUUGUAUGAAUGAAAUUCCGUCAGCAUGGAUGUUGUACGUCGCGACCAUGAAGCACUGGAUAGAUCAGCAACAAGAACCAGCUAAGCUUAAUUAUCACGUGUACUCCUUAUUAUUUGCUAUGUUAUUUAACAUAAUAGAUUACAAAGUGGGCGUUUAUAGAAUCUUAAACACUUUCCAACAGAAAUUCUACGGAACCGUGCAAAAUAUUCAGUCCGCAAGAAAACUUGGUAAUUACCGGCCGCAGUAUUCAACGGACGUUACGAUCUUAUAUGCGCUUCACGAAGUUAACGCGGACGAUUGUUUGAUCGCGGCCUCGUUCUUUGUAUCUAAUUUCGAGAUGGACCAUAAAUUGUAUUCUCAACCGAAGAAAUUCAACGUCACAAUCGUACACAGAUUUGCGGAGUUUCAAAAUUGCCUGAGGCAUAGCAUGCAUUUAAAUGCAUUAUUAGGGUAUCCGUACGAGCCAACCAAAAUCGCGAGCCUGUUCAAUGGUACAUUGUUGUAUAAUCUGUGUAGCAAUUUUAAGAAACGCGAUAAUGUCGAGACCUAUAUCAAUUCGAUUUUACAUAGCUCCCCGAGUCUAGAGCGUCUGUUUAAUAUUCUGUUGUUAAAACUCAAGCCCUUGUUUAAUAUGCAAACGAUGCAGACGAAAGUCAGUAGACAUAAAAAGCAAAGGACGAAGUACGAGAAGAAGGGAGAGUCCGCGCAAGAAGAUCACGAGGAAGAAACUGAGAAGAAAUGUGAAAGCGCUAAUGAACCAUCCUUCCACGACGUAAAUAAUCCAUUUACUGUACUCGAUGCUAUGCAAGAGUAAAGUUUCUACUGUACAUAUCA